AUGUCGGUUGAAUGUGGUACAUCGAGGCAGGAUGUCUUUGACUUCCUGGGCCUUCCUUUAGAUGUCCUAAAAAUGAUAUUCGAUCGUCUCGGAACAAGAGCCCUAUAUCGUCUUGCUCAAUGCAACCACCUGCUCUUCGAACUUGUCAUCCCACAUCUCUACAAAGACUUCAGGGUAACGGUACGGCGGCGUAGAGAGGAUCUUGACGAAAGAUUGACAUCUGCUUUGGACACACUGACAUCAACCGACAAUAACUAUGCGUCUCAUAUUCACGACUUCGCUGUUGCCGGAGAAUGGUUCAAGACAUAUGCGAAUGCCGACUCGGAGUACGCCAAGAAGGGAAAGCUUUCCCCAGGUGUCCUCAUGCUAAACUCACUCGUCAAAAUUGCAGUGAUGCGCAUGAACAACAUCGAGAGCUUUGCAUGGGACAUCAGAGACGUACCUCUAAGCAAAGGGCUCAUUACUAUGCUUCAGUCACGGACGACCUUGAAAAACCUUCGUUUCAGACUGGCAGAACGGCUACACCCAAAUCUAAGGGCUGCGGGGAUGGAACCUUGCUUCACUGGCUUUAAAAACAUCAAAAUACUCACGAUCAUGCUUAUAGAGACUUUAGAGCAGCUUCGACAAGUUGGCGACAUUGUAUCUGACUCCCCGGAUAUGGUUGGGAUCAAAGUGGCGCUGAAACCAAAUAUUCCUGGCACAGAGGGUAUGGACAUGUCUAAAAUCCUAUUCAGAGGCCCUCGGAGAGCAUUGAGUGAAUCCCUAUCGAAUUUACGAAAUAUCAAUCUGCCAGAUGAGAGCUAUAGUGCUUCGGAAGGGUUCCAAGAGGAACCUUAUGAAUCUAUGUCUGAUCAGGAGGGCGGUUAUCGUUUUGAGGACUUCCAUUACCCACAAAAACAUGCCUUCGUAUCGCUCAAACUGUACAGGGUAAUGUUUCCACCGCAGAGCAACCACCUUUCGCGGGUAAUAGACUUUUCAAAAUUAGUCCGUCUAUCUCUAUGGCAGUGUGGCACUCACCCCGCCUUCUGGAGGUCUCUUACUUCGAGCACGGAGCAACUAGUGCCUCGAUUGCAAUGUAUAAUCACAGAUGAUGCAAUCCCGGAGCUGGCAGAUUUCUUAGACUCCUUUUCUGGGCUACAAGAGUUCUAUCUCGUCCAUAGCUCCGGCAACAUGACUAUGGAGCAACUAACGCGAGGGUUACUCAAGCACUACGAGUGUCUGAAAUGCCUUGCGGUUUAUCAUCUCGAACCCGAUAAUUUGGUUUUCGACAAGAAGGCAGUCCGUAUGCUUUUGAGGAAGUGUAACGGGCUUAGAGAGUUGGCGCUCUCCGUCAAAGAUGAAGAUUGGUCCUAUUUCGUUAAUACAUUGGAGAGCCUGACAUCGCUUCUAGCCAUCCAUGUUCUUCUCGAGGAUAUUCCUAACAAUGAACAGAUCGCUGGUACGCUUGGCAGCCUUAUGGCGGCAGCCGUUGGGCCACUUCAGGACCUUGAAUAUGUUGUUGUCAACGAUAAAUACUAUCGAGUUGAGGGUAGUGCAGGUGAUGCGGACCCCGAAGAGGCUAGCGAUAUUGAAGACGCAGACGAUGAGGAAAUAUCCCAGCGCACCGGUACAAUGAGUCCACUGGGCAUUUCUAAUACUCCAGCUAUGCCAGAAGGUCUUGGGCCCGGGCCCAGCUCCCCGCUGACAGAGGACCCUAUGAGUGUUGAAAGCUUUCCUCCCUUGUCUCAGACUUCGCAAUUAGUAGCAUCUAGUCCUAAGCGGUCGAGGCCCUUCAAGAAAAGACGGGCGGUACGCUAUGUUGACCUUGACCCAGACCAGAUCGAUAACAUUAACAUAUUUACGGUCCUUCGGACGACGAACCGACGAUAA